AUGAAGUACCUUUACAAAGCCGUCGUUAAAGAGCAUGUCAAAUUACCUCUGGAUCUGACCAAAUACCCCAAGUUAUCAAAAGAGCAAGCGGGCCAUCUGCGUCACUUUUAUAAUCUAAGUGCAGCCAACGAUGAGCCAGCCCAAGAGUUCCUCGACGCAUACCGGUAUCAACUAGCAACCAUGGUUUACGCGGCUGCAUUAACUCACUUCCAUCGUAUGCCAGCCAUGCGGACACUCUUUCAACGCUUGAUCCGUCGCUUAAUUUACAAGAUGCUACGACGUGAAGUAUGGGGGUAUUGGUAUCUCACGUCGCAAUCCGGCAUUCGCCUAGACCCAGAUCUGAAAGAGCUCCGCAAACCCUGGGCGAACCCGUUUGAGCGUCAAGGUAGCCUGACGUUUGAAUGGGACCCGCUGUUUUGGGGGAUGGGGAAAGAAAGUUUUGCAUAUGAUAAUGGAAGCCUACAAGAAGCAAUUCUUGAGGAAAUGGAGCGCAAUGGGUGGAUAGGCGUGUGUUGUGAGCCUAGUUUAGUUUUUGUGGCUUGUAAUCAAUUCCCAAUUAUCGCAAUGCGGUUGAAUGAUAUCCGGAGGGGAACUAAUAUUGUGGAGACGGUCCUUGAAAAAUACAGAUUUGCAUUGAAAUCCAAUGACAUGAUCUCACGCAAUGAACUAUACAGAAGUUGGCUGAGCGUUAAGCAAGGAACUGUGUCUCCGGCCCGUAGUAUUGGGUUCACUGCCUGGGCUGCUGCGUUCAUGAAUUCUUGGAACACUGAAUUUGUCGAAAUCCAGCAUCCCGCCGUAGCCACCUUCUACAGAGCAGCUCUUAAUCAACAACUGAAAAAUGUUGAUGACGACCAUUCGCAUGUUCUACAUGAAGCACGCAGACACUAUAUUGCUGCUCGGCACACCAAUUCACCCUCUUACAACGAGCCAACCCUGGGAUAUUUUGUCCAGUGGCUUUCCGAACUGGGGAAAACGACCGAAUUAGAGGAUCUUUUAGCUUAUGUCGACGCGAACCUGGCGCCAGCAUGGCAAGAUGGAGGUCUAUACUAUCCUAGAUGUGGCCAGGCAACGGACGAUGAGGGGCAGUGGACGCGAAUGGAUCCGUUUUCCGGAAAUGCUGCUAUUGGAUACGCCAGGCUAAAUGUGGAAGAUGGUCAGAAAAGGAUCUGGGAUAAUCCAUGGACGAAAGAGGAUGUGUCUAGCCGCCCUUGGGUCGACGGCUUGGAUCUUUCCCACGGCGUUGAUUGUCUACGAGAUAUUUUCGACGAGAAUGUUACUGCUAUGACAAUUACAUUUCAGGAAUGGGCUGGCCAAGAUGUGAAAGUCAGCUUUGAAGUCAAAAAGCUACCCGGCGGUCGCUGGGGUAUUUAUCAAAGGCACAAAGAAGGAGUGGUGUAUGAGUCUUUAGAGGGAGUGAAUAUUCCCGUGGACAUUAAUAUCAAGGCGGGUAGAGAAGUUGAUAUUGUGAUCAUAAAAUAG